UGGAUUACAGACCUUCCCAGUCAUCCAUCACCACUGAGAGCUGUUCAAUCAUGGGCUCCGCAUUCGCGCCGCAGUACGUACAUGGCAUUUACAUACCCUCGGUACUGUUACUGACCGGAGUCACGAUAAUCAAUAGGGCAUGGCUGCCAUUCGCCGUGCUCUUCAUAGCAAUUGUGGGAGGAUGGAAGUUCUACAGCAGCGGAGGAUCCCGCAAAGUACUGAAGCCUACCGAAUUCCAAGAGUUUGAGCUCGAGGAGAAGACUGUACUCUCGCACAACACCGCCAUCUACCGCUUCAAGCUCCCCCGCCAAACCGACACCCUUGGCCUCCCCAUCGGCCAGCACAUCUCCCUCGCCGCUACGAUCGCCGGCCAACCCAAAGAAUUCGUCCGCUCGUAUACACCGGUUUCGUCCGAUCUAGACAAGGGCCACUUCGACCUGCUCAUCAAGUCCUACCCGACAGGCAACAUCUCCAAGCAUGUCGCGAGCCUACAAAUCGGCCAGAAGAUGAAGGUCCGGGGACCCAAGGGCGCCAUGGUAUACACACCGAACAUGGUCAGGCACUUUGGUAUGAUUGCAGGUGGCACGGGCAUCACGCCCAUGCUGCAGGUCGCCAAGGCAGUAAUUCGCGGCCGCGCCGCUGGCGACAAGACCGAGGUGGACCUGAUUUUCGCCAACGUGAAUCCUGAGGACAUUCUGCUCAAGGACGAGCUCGAUGCGCUGGCGGCCAAGGACUCCAAGUUCAGGGUGCACUAUGUACUCAAUAACCCGCCGGCGCAGUGGACUGGUGGCACUGGUUUCGUCACGGCCGACUAUAUCAAGGAGAAGCUCCCGGCACCAGCGAGCGAUGUUAAGAUUCUAGUGUGCGGACCGCCACCGAUGGUUGCUGCGAUGAAGAAGGCUACAGAGAGCUUAGGAUUUGCCAAGGCGAAGCCGGUCAGCAAGCUUGAGGACCAGGUCUUCUGCUUUUAAUUGGGGAGAUGAAGGGAGUGAGGAGCGUCAGCAUGGGAGCUGUGUUGAGAUCGAGACAAUGGCCAUUCCAUGGGUCGUUGGGCGUUGAUUACCCCUCGUACAUAUGCAUAGAGUGUACAGGCUCUUUACUUUACAUCUAGUCAAGCCUAGCAAAUGUCAUUGAAUACAACUAUCCACACAUUCUCAAUUGUCAUUAUGUGUCGAG